AUGGGUCGUGCUUCAAAGGACAAGCGGGACAUCUACUAUCGCAAAGCGAAAGAAGAAGGUUACCGAGCGCGUAGCGCGUACAAGUUGCUGCAACUGCAUGAAGAAUUUGGGAUUCUUCGGCGUGAGGAAAUACGUACUGGUGUUGUGGAUCUGUGUGCAGCCCCAGGAAGCUGGUCACAAGUGCUUUCCAACCAUCUGUGCGGCAGUCAACCGGGAAGUGCAGCAGAAGCGUGUGAAGGAGACGAAGCCAUAAACUCUGAAGCAUCCCAGCGCCCUCGCAUUGUUGCGGUGGACCUGCAGGAGAUGAUGCCAAUAGACGGCGUCCAGCUGUUGCAAGGCGAUAUCACGAGUGAGUGGACGGCGCGCGAAAUCAUUCGGUUGCUUAACGGUGAUUCCUCUUCUGUUCCCGAAUGCUCAGACGCCACGGCACUCUCGACAGCAGGCGCAAUUAAUGAUUUUAAUAACGGUCGCGGCAAUAACGUCAGCGAGGAGGGAAAGAGUAGUCAGCAGAGGUCGGAUUGCGGUGUAGGGCUCAUGAAUGAACGUAAUAAUGCUUCUGAAUGUGUGGAUGGUGACAACAAUAACAAUAAUAGUAAUAAUAACGACGAUAGGAACGGUGGGGAUGCGGGCGCUUCGACGCGACCCGUCGCCGGGCGAAAGGCGGAUUUGGUGGUGUGCGACGGCGCUCCCGAUGUUACCGGUAUGCACGAGCUUGACGAGUAUCUUCAGCACCAUCUGCUGCUCGCCGCACUUAACAUCACGACAUUUGUGCUCCGGCGCGGCGGUACGUUUGUGACAAAGAUGUUCCGCGGCCCCAACACGCCGUUUCUUGUCGCCAAAGCAGAAGUUUUUUUCCGUCAAGUGACCAUCGCGAAACCAAAGUCAUCGCGCAACGCCUCGAUGGAGGCUUUUAUGGUGUGCCAAAACUACGACCCGCCUGCAUCCUACCAGCCGUCAUUCGAGCGGCCACUUACGCAGACAACGAGUUGCUUCACACCCGCUGCCCCAGCACUGCACUUAGCCGCUGUGGAUGCGCAGCGCAUGUCAUCCGACAAUGUUAACAAUGGUGAAUUGCAUCAUAGUGGUGUUACUGAUAUAGUUGAUGAGGCAUACGCAGUAGAAUCUGUUAUCGUACCUUUCCUGGCCUGUGGAGACUUGACUGGUUAUGAUGCUGAUAUGUGCUACGACCGUGGUGAGUCUGAUGUUGUACUGCCGCCCGUUCAGCCACCUCUGCAGGCGCCAUAUAUAGCAAUAUCUGAAGCGGUGAAGGAAAGGACAAAACGGCAGCGUGUCGGAUAA